UUGAUAUAUAAGGACUAAUAAUUUUGUCAAUCAAUAUCCUAAAAACAUUGAAGAAUUAGAGAAAAAAUGGAAUACUUUGAGUUAAACAUUGGAGCAAAAAUCCCUUCUAUUGGACUGGGGACAUACGCAACUCCGCCACAAAUUCUUGCUCCUGCCAUCAAGCUGGGUUACCGACACAUUGAUUGUGCUCAUAUCUAUGGAAAUGAGAAGCAGAUUGGAGGUGUUCUAAAGGAGCUGUUUGAAGAUGGCAUAGUGAAGCGAGAGGACUUAUUUAUCACCUCCAAACUCUGGAACUUUGAUCACGAGCCAGAAGAUGUGCCGAAGGCACUGGAUAGAACUUUGAGUGACCUUCAACUAGACUACUUGGACCUAUAUCUUAUCCACUGGCCAGUAAAGGAAAAAAAAGGAUUACGUGGUGACAGUCUUGAGAUAUACAUUCCAGCAGACAUACCUAGUACAUGGAAAGCAAUGGAGGCACUUUAUGAUUCAGGUAAGGUCCGAGCCAUUGGAGUUAGCAAUUUCUCUGUGAAGAAACUUGACGAUCUUCUUGAAGUUGCUCGUGUUCCUCCUGCUGUAAAUCAAGUUGAAUUACAUCCUAUGUGGCAACAAGCAAAACUACAUGAUUAUUGUAGAUCAAAGAACAUACAUCUAUCUGGAUAUUCACCAUUGGGUUCUCAAUUUUCUGAAGCAAACAAGAAAGGACUUCUUGUCAAUCCUAUUCUCAAUGUGGUCGCAAAGGAACUAGGGAAGUCUCCUGCACAAGUAGCACUUCGUUGGGGGCUUCAGAUGGGGCACAGUGUAUUGCCAAAAACCUCAAGUGAAGCAAGAUUGAAAGAGAAUUUGGAUAUUAUAAAUUGGUCCAUACCUGAAAAUUUGCUCUGUAAAUUUUCCGAGAUCAAACAGGAAAAAUUUGUUACAGGCAAGGAAAUGGUGCACGAGGCAUCAGCUGGCUACAAGUCUCUUGAAGAACUAUGGGAUGAGCAACUCUGAGUUGUAACAAAAAAGUAUUUCACAGAUCCUAUGUCAGUCUAUGUGUUGUGAGCUAAUUACAUCAAGGCACCAAUUGUACUUAAGUAUGGUACUUUAGGACAGAAGUUGGAAUGUAUUGUUUUUAAUAUCUAAUAAUCGAAAUAUCAUUUGGGGAGCCUUAUCCAUGUACAAUUGAAAGUUCUUUCUGUAUAGUUUGACUUAUGAAAACGAAAUUUCGUC